UAUUUUCUCGUUUUACAGGCUGCUGGUACGGGUACUAUAUUCCAAAAAGAAUUUUCUCGUUGUUGGUUUGAAUAAUAUAUUGUAAAAAUCAUUUUGUACUGCUGUUGGGUGAUUUUCAUCAAGAAAAUGGAGUGAACAAUAUCAAGAUUGUGUCCUUGAAAUAAAAUGUAUAGCUGCAGUCGCUAGAACGCCAAGGGUGGGAAACGGUGUUUAAUUGUUGGUACUGUACAAUGCCACGAAUCAGGCUUCGCCGUAAGGCAAUAUGCUAUUUCGUUUUGAUAAACAUCAUUCUUUUCGUCCUUUACAAUUUAUGUGUACGUUGGGACAAGAAUGUGUCGUUGAAAAAAUUAACAGUCAAUUCAUCGAUGAAACACUUUAUUCAGAAGUUAGUCCCUAUAAAACAAAAGCGUGUGUUAACGUUUGAAAUUGGUAAGCCAAAGCCAGAAGGAAAACCAUCAGUUUGCCGAUUUACACAAAGCGAUGGCCUUGAGCUUCUUGCAGAGAAAUAUUUGUACCCUGGGAACAAUCCAGCUGAUACGAAAUGCGCAGAAAGUAUAAGUGUAAAAAUUUGUGCUGUAAGUGGCUCCUUUAAAUCCUUUCAAGUCAGCUGUGAACACAAUCCCUGUGGGAAAAUUGUAAAAGUUGGUUCACUGAUCAAAGAGACUGGUCAAAUUCAAUGGGAGGAUGUCAAUUCCAGCAAACUUGAGAAAUUUAUCCAAGAAUUUGUGCUUAAAAAUCUAGAUCAAAUGUUCCCAUUCUUCUACCUUAAGUGCAGUGGUAACAUUAACUUCAAUACUGGUAUUGCAAACCAACCCACCCAAUUGGUCUCAGUUCCACUUGCUAGUCCUACCAACAUCUCGCAUGUUAGUAAAAAAGACAUCAAUGUCAAUGUGAAUAUUAUAUUCUUGGAUGCAGUUUCAAGAAGACACCUUUACAGGUCCCUACCAAAAACAAUAGCAGCAUUUCGCAAUGUGAACCUUAAUCCAAAGUCAUCUUCAAAUGUUUUAGACUUUGAGCUGUAUCAAGCAUUGAGAACAACACCUAAAGAAACUCUCUCAGGAUUUCUAAAGGGAAAAAGUAACACUUUUCAAAAUACAACAGAAAAAACAAUGCUAAGCUUUUUUAAGAAGGCUGGUUAUCAGAUCCUCUGGCAAGAAGACGAGUGUUGGAAAUCUGAUGUGGGUGUUAGUUGGUACUUUGGAGUCCAUAAUUCAAAAAUCCAAAAUGACUUGAAUAAGUUGAAAAUUAAAUUGAAAUCAGAAAGCAUAGACUCAUUUGGUCUAACACAUUCAAGUUGUCUUAGGAAUGAUGUAAACAAUAAAGAAAAUACAUUAACAAGUGAGAUUUGUAUGAACGGAAGAUACCAUCAUGAUUACCUUUUUGACUAUGUUGUGGAAUCACUGAAUCAUGUCAAUAAUAAGCUUUCAUCAACUCCUGUGUUUUCAUUCACAUCUAUCAGCUUAGGAAAAGAGGAAAGUGGUCGUAAAAUUCAGUUAUUGGAUAAUUCUUUGGCAACAUUUGUUACAAAAAUGGCUGCAGACAAGAAUACAAUCACUAUUUUAAUAUCUGGACAUGGCAAUACCUUUGACACGUUUCCUGUACAAACAAUGGAAGGUCAAUAUGAAAAGUGGAACAUCACAAAAAUGACUCGUACAAUCAUGGACUGUUCAAUGAAAUUGAUUCUAGCAGGAACUGUGCUAACCUUGAUUUGCUCUCAUCAUCAUUAUGUAUUUGUGAUGGCUGGAACUCAAAGCAACAACCAAACACAGGCCAUUACAUUAUUGCUGAGUUUGCAUUGGGCAAACUCAACAACAUUAUUGCUAACCAAUAUACCAACCAAAAUUCCCAAGAGGUCCCAUUUGUUACAUGUGAACGAUUAAAGGGAUUGCUGUUAACAAACAUUAGCCAGAAACGAAUUGAAAAUGGGUAUAUAAUCACUCAAAUUGAUAUUUAUGUUCAAAGGAAUGAG